CCUCCUCCUCCUCCUCAUUACACACAACCCAAAGCAAAUAAAUCCCCCUCCACCCCCCCUUCCCACAUCCAACAUCCAAAACAACAUCACUCCAUUAAAAUACCCACCAAAACCAUAUAAUACCCAAAACAGAGGGAAACAAAUGGUAAUGGCCUCUUUACAACCUCUAGUAGUGGUGGCUGUGGUAGCGGCGGUGCUACUACACCUUUUCUUCCAACAUCUGAAAGUCGGAGAAGUCAUUGAGAGUACCAAAAUCCCAAAUGAAUAUCAUGAAGAAGUAGUCUCUGAAAACAGUGAUGGUGGUGGAGAGAAGAAGUGGAAGCUGAAGCUACUUCACAGAGAUAAACUAUCAGUUGGAGUUAGUUCAUCAUCCACCAAUUAUCAUCACCGUUUCAACCAGCGCAUCCAAAGAGAUGUUAAAAGGGUUGCUGGCCUGAUUCGCCGCCUCACUAGUGGUGGCGGCGGCGGCAAAGCUAGUUAUGAGGUGGCAGAUUUCGGGUCGGACGUGGUUUCGGGUAUGGAGCAAGGGAGUGGAGAAUACUUUGUUAGGAUUGGUGUUGGGAGUCCUCCAAGGAACCAAUACAUGGUUAUUGACUCCGGAAGCGACAUCGUUUGGGUUCAGUGCCAACCCUGUAACCAGUGUUACCGACAGUCCGACCCGGUUUUUGACCCGUCAAACUCCGCUUCGUUUACUGGGGUGUCCUGCAGCUCUGCCGUCUGUGACCGCCUGGAGAAUGCGGGUUGUCAUGCGGGUCGGUGCAGGUAUGAGGUCUUAUACGGGGACGGGUCGUAUACAAAGGGGACCCUAGCCCUCGAAACUCUGACAUUCGGGCCCACCACAGUGCGCAACGUGGCAAUCGGGUGUGGGCACAGGAACCAGGGCAUGUUUGUCGGGGCUGCCGGGUUGCUGGGGCUUGGAGGUGGAUCCAUGUCAUUUGUGGGUCAGCUUGGUGGGCAGACGGGUGAUGCAUUCACUUACUGUCUAGUAAGUCGAGGCACAAGAUCAACCGGGUCACUUGAGUUUGGGUGGGUAGCAUUGCCCGUGGGUGCUGCAUGGGUACCGUUGCUUCGCAACCCACGGGCCCAAAGCUUCUACUAUAUCGGGCUUGCGGGGCUUGGGGUUGGAGGGAUGCGGGUCCCCAUACCGGAAGAUGUUUUCCGGUUAACGGAAUUGGGGGAUGGGGGGGUUGUUAUGGACAGUGGGACAGCCGUGACCAGGCUUCCGAUGGCGGCAUACGUGGCAUUUCGUGAUGCGUUCAUCACUCAAACUGCGAGCCUACCUCGGUCGUCAGGAGUAUCGAUAUUCGACACGUGUUAUGAUCUGAAUGGGUUUGUGUCGGUUCGGGUACCAACCGUAUCGUUUUACUUCUCAGGAGGACCCAUCUUGACGCUGCCAGCACGGAACUUCUUGAUACCAGUGAAUGAAAUGGGAACAUUCUGUUUUGCAUUUGCAGCAUCAGCAUCAGGACUAUCCAUAAUAGGCAAUAUACAGCAAGAGGGAAUCCAGAUUUCAUUUGAUGGGGCAAAUGGUUUUGUGGGAUUUGGACCCAACGUCUGCUAGCUACAUUUUUUCUACUUAAUUUUGCUACCCAUCACUUCACAGUUAAUAAUACUCUCUCAUCUUUUCUUUUUUUUUUCUCUCUCUCUCUCUCUAUUUAUGUCUAUAUCUAUAUCUAUAUAUAUUAUAUUUGUUUUGUAUUAAUAUAGUAUUAGUGUAUUGUAUUGUAUUGAGUUUUACUAUUGAUUGUGUUUAAGGAAAGGUCAUCCAGGUACUGUCCUGUCCCAGUUGAUGAUUAGGUCAAAGUUGUAUUUUGUGUCCUCCUUUGAAAGAGGAAGGGUAUGUAAUAACAACAUAUUAUAUUAAACCAACUUUCUAUGAUGA